AUAAUUGAGGAUUCAGUCCAAUAAGUUCUUCUGAAUAACAACGAGUAGCCGCACGUUGUCCAUGAUUUUCAGGGGAAUAUAAAUAAAUCAUCCGAAAGAAAAAUUUUUUUGGAAAGAAAUAUUAAUGAUCAUAAUUUAAUGAUAAAGUGAGACAAUAACUACAACAAUAGUAUAUAAUCUCUUAAACAAACGGAAUCAUAAUCACAGUGAUUGUGGUAAAUAUUAUACGAGAAGAGUGCGAUAAAAGAAGUGUGAUAAUUUAUCACGAGGUCAAAGAUGAAUCCAAUUGAUUUGAAUGAAAACAUGGAUAUUAGUCAUACUUUUAAAGAUACUUCUAGAGAUUUCAAUAAUUUGAGAAACACCACUAAUCAUGAAUAUUUAAAGAAAAUGCAGGACAUACUCGCCAGUACUGAAUUUCCGAAUGGUUUCGAUACUUGGAACGUGCAAGAACGACAUGACUGGAUGUAUCGCAAUAUCACGGAAUUAUUUCAAAACACGCCAGAAUCUUUGCAGCAUAUAAUCCCGGCUUUCAUUCGCCCACUUGACAUUAAUCGAUCACAGGAAACGUUACCUGAAUGGAUGGACAUGGACAAAUAUCGCAGAGGACAAAAGUUUGUACACGAUAAUUAUGGUUCGAUUACUAUCAGUUUACUAGCAAGCACCGUGUACAUCAAUACCUUCGACGAUGUUCUAAAACCAGUUAUCAUAUCGAAAAAGAGUCACACGCCGUAUUUAGCAUUUAAAAGGUAUCUCAGCACUCUAACACGAAUAUUGAGCUGGCUCACUGGAGAACCUUGGGUAAAAGAAACUAAAGCUUACAAGGAUUUGAAAAUGACACGUCAGAAACAUGCGCACAUAAACACAAAGAUGUCCAAGUUGAGUAACGAACAAUUCGCCGUCGAAGCCAAGAUUGCGGAUCCGUUGUCUUUAGAACGCGAAACGUUUCUGAAAACCUUCGCAACGGAGUGUCCAUUUAAAAAGCUGGGACAACGUCCUUAUAAAACGUUGAAUGCCUCCUCGGUCACAACAGAUUUUGUAAAUAAUGGGACGAUGUUCAAUGUACAAGGUGGCAUAAUAACUUUGAUCAUAAUAUAUUCGCAAAAUAUCGGAAUACAGGAUAUAACCGACGACGAUCUAGAGGCUUAUUGUCAUAUGUGGAAGUGUUACGGAUAUUUACUCGGAAUGGAAGACGAAUACAACUUUUGUAAUGGUAGUUUGGAACAAAUUAAACAGCGUGCGAGAGAUUUUAGUCAAUAUUGGGUAACGGUUAAUUUUACGGACAUCGCAUCCCAAUGGAUACACAUAAUGAGAUGUAUUGCUGAAUCUAUAAAUUAUUAUCCUUUAAUUUGGACGUCUGAUAAGACAAUGAUAUUAUUCUUUACAAAAGCAUUAAAUGUAAACAUGCCUAAUUUGUAUGCAUCGCUCAGUUACAAAGAUUGGAUCAUUUAUAACUUUUACAACUUUUUGUUUCACCAUGCGUUAAAAUUCUCGAUCAUAAGAUCAAUUGUGAAUCGAUUAACGCAUCAUAUACUUGAAACAGCAUCAAGUUAUGGACCGGAUAAACUAGCAGAGUUACGAGAGAAAUCAAGAAAGCAUUUACUAGAAUUUUCUAAUAAAUCAUGACACAUUAUUAUGUAUUAAAUGAGUACAAAAGUUCAAUGAG